AUAGGAGAUCGUAUCAGACUUACCAGUUUCAACAUUGCAUUUCCUACAGCAAUAUCCAAGGAUGUCGAAAUUGAGUUUUAUCGAGUUCAAAUAUGGAGGGCUUCCGAGGAAGUUGUCAAGAAAACCAACUCAGUUGAGCAUCACCAAGGAAAGGCAACAGUCUAACGUGUCUUCAAGGACUUAUCAGCCAAAUGCGGAAGAGAUGAAAUGGGUGUUCGACAAAUUUGACACCAACAGAGAUGGUAAGAUCUCGAUGGAGGAGUACAAGUCAGCUCUGAAAGUACUAGGCAAAGGAAUGGCGGAAACAGAAGUGGCAAAUGCAUUUCGUUCAAUUGACACCGAUGGGGAUGGCUUCAUCGACUUCAAGGAGUUCAUUGAAAUGAUGCGUAACAUGGGAGAAGGGAUCAAUGCCAAUGAUAUCCAAAGUGCAUUUCGGGUGUAUGAUUUGGAUGGCAAUGGGAAAAUAAGCGCAGAGGAACUGAUGGAGGUGCUUAAGAAGAUGGGAGAGAGGUGUAGCUUGGAAGCUUGUCGCAAAAUGAUUCGAGGGGUUGAUGCUGAUGGGGAUGGUUUGAUCGAUAUAAAUGAAUUUAUUACCAUGAUGACUCGCACCAUGAAGCCAUCUCAGUGAUGCUGCGUCAUGCCCUUUAAAAUGGGAAACUAACCCCAAUAUCGUACGGGUAAGUUAAUGGCAGCAGGCGGAUAUGUCAAAAUCUUGUUUUCCUAGUUCAUCUUUUCUACAUUUCUAGUUACUAUAUAUCUAAUAAGGGACAUAUCAGGCUACUAACUUCGAAUCUCUAGUCCUUUCUUAAAUAGACGACUAAGUAAACACUU